AAAUUUUAUCCCUUUCUGAGGCAUUAUCUGUUUCCCCCAUCCUUUUUAUGGCCUUUGCUAUCUUCAUCAUUAGUAACACUUCUCCAAAUAACCUAAAGGUCAGCUAUCUCUCAAUAGACUUUUUCCCCUUAGUUUGAAUUCUACAAAGGGAUGAACAAUCCAACUAGGAUAAAGAUGAGGUCUAUGCUCAAUUUAUCUUAUGAUAGAGGUUGAAAGUUGAAACCAAAAUAGAAAUUUUUUCUUCUUCUGUUGUUAAAUCCUUUUCUUAAUUUGUUUGAAAGUGCAAAGAAUAUUUGUUAGUUGUUUGUUUGUUAUAUAUAGAGGGAAUGAAUAGUGAAAUGGGAAAGGGAAAAGAGAAGAAGUCCAACUCAUCUAUACUUCAAAAGUUGGAGAAAUAUCUAUCAAUGAAUAAAUUUAGUGGAGCCAUUUUGUCCAAAAGCAAAUCAUGGCAUGGCAGUACAACAAAUAUUAAGAGUAAAGUAGCUCCAGAGGGCUGUUUUUGGGUGUAUGUUGGACCAGAGAAAGAGAGGUUUGUGAUAAAGACAAAGUAUGCAAACCAUCCAAUGUUCAAGAUGUUGCUAGAAGAUGCUGAAAAAGAGUAUGGUUAUAAUUAUAGUCAAGGCCCUAUUUUGUUACCUUGUGAUGUUGAUCAUUUCUACAAAGUGUUGGCUGAAAUUGGCAGAAGCAAAGAGAUUCAAUCUUCAGGUUGUGGAUCAUGUAGUCCCUUAUUUAGUCCUGGUAGGCGUUUGGGUAAUAGCCAAAUGGGCAAAGGUUAUGGUUCUUAUAGGGCUCUUACUCCUCCAAGGUUGGUCAAGCUCAACUCUUUUCAUUAGCAGUACCCAAGGGUCUAGCCUAUCGAGAAAUGAAGUCGGUGAAAACUAUAAGAAAUCAUAAUUCAGGUUUAGAUAAAUAUCAGUUGAGGUGCAUGCAAGUUGACUCAAAAUAUAUGUUAAUAGCCAUAUUUGUUUAGAAGUCUCUUUUUCUUUGUUUUUAGGUUUUUCUUGGCAUGUGGAGUUUGUAAACCGCACUUGUUUGUGAGAUACACCUGUGGAGUCAAUUAUAUCCACGGGUUAAUAAUCAGUUUAAUUGUAUGUAGUAGCUGAGGCCUAAGGCCAGUGUUUUACUGUUUUGUUUGAAGAUAUUAAAAGCUGAAUGAAGAAAUUAAGCAGUUUCUUCACCAACUUAAUUAGUUUAA